AUGGUGGACCUAGUUGCAAACGAUUCAACGAAUCCUGGCAAGCUCCGCAUAGCCAUCGUCGGAGCUGGACUCGUCGGAAGCGCAGCUUUGUUAGCUUUAUCGCGACUCCAGGAUGUCGAGGUUGUGGGCUUCGAAAAGUCACCAGCGCCUCGGGAGGCAGGGGCUUGGAUCAGUUUGACGGUAACAGGCCAGCUCGUACUUACGAAGCUGAUCUCUCCGGAGAAGAUUAACGAGAUAGUGUAUCGGCCCCCUGAUCGAGCAGUCUACGUGACUCGGCACUGGAGGACUGGCGAAGACUUGGUCAGGUCGUAUUCUUCGGAACAUAUCAAGGAGGACUUUAUCCAAGCACGCACCCACCGAUGGCCUUUGCUGAAACUUUUGACGGAUCACCACCCCAAAGAUGCUGUUCAGUACGGUAAGCAAGUCACGGGAGUAAGAACCAGUGAGGUGGGAGCCAAGUUAGAGUUUGCGAAUGGUCGAACCACUUCGGACUUUGACUUGGUGGUCGCGGCAGAUGGAAUCUACUCUGGCAUCAGGCGGCAAUAUUGGCCUGACCACCAUGUUCAGUUCAAGGGCGCUGUGGCAUACCGCAACGUCUUUCAUAAAUCAAGAGUUGCGCAUAUCAAGGAGCUUCACGACGACUCUUCAUCCUGGAGACGUGACGGUGAAGUUGUCUUUUUGUCCGAACUCGGUCUCGAUCAGUACGGAGUGGUCAUCAUCAAAACAGAAGAGCUAGAUUACGCUGCGACUCUGAGGUGGGAGCGCUCGAUUAGCCAGGAGGGACUGAACAGGCUCCGAGAUCACUACAAAGACUGGGAUCCGGUUAUUUCCAAAGUUCUGGAUACUGUGGAGGACAUCCAGGCCUACCCACUAGAUACAGGCCCUUGGCUUCGCGAACUGACCAGGGAAGACCGGGUGGUUUUCAUCGGCGAUGCCUCGCACCCAACGGCCGGUGCGUACGGAGCAGGCGCAGCCAUGGGGUUUGGAGACGCGUGGGCCCUCUAUCGAUCUCUGGAGUUAACUCGAAGGAGGGGCCGGCAAGAAACAGCGGGAUACGACCUCCACAAGGCACUCCAGGUCUUCCAGCAAACGCGUGCGCCGUUCCUGUUGCGUGUGGAGCAGCAGAUUGCACUAGACCGAGACACUGCCAAGUAUUUAGCUGAAGCAGCUGGAGAUGAGGAUGAGUGGAAGCGUCGUUUCAAGGAGAGUGGAGCAAGUAUUCGGUGGCUACAAGAGCACGAUGUAGAGCUGGAGGUUUUGAAAGCUGCUUCGACAGUCGGUGUGUGGAAGACAUGA